AGCUGCACAUGCGAAGUCACUCCGACGAGCGCCCGUUCGCUGCGACGUCUGUCCCGGCAAGUUCAAGUGGGAAAGACCCUGCAGGAGCACAAGCUGAUUCACACCAAGGAGAAGCCGUUCCAGUGUGACAUUUGCGAGAAGUGGUUCCGUACGAAAACGCUGCUGAGAAACCACAAAUUUCUUCACACCGGGUUGCGGCCGCACGUGCGUUAUUUGCAACAAGGACUUCCGGUGGCGCUUCAAUCUUAA